AUGGACAUGCCGAGGAGAGGCGGGGAGGGGGUGGCAGGGCGAUGGGUGAGACUGGAGAAGUUUGGACGGUGUGCCCGGACAAACCGCGAGCCGCAGCAUCGUGUGAAGCAGCGGCGUCAUGUGAAGCAGCAGCAUCAUGUGAAGCAGCAGCAUCAUGUGAAGCGGCAGCAUCAUGUGAAGCAGCAGCAGCAUCAUGUGAAGCAGUGGCAUCGUGUGAAGCAGUGGCAUCGUGUUAAGCAGCGGCAUCAUGUGAAGCAGCAGCGGCAUCAUGUGAAGCAGCAUCGUGUGAAGCAGCAGCGGCAUCAUGUGAAGCAGCAGCAUCGUGUGAAGCAGCGGCGUCAUGUGAAGCAGCAUCAUGUGAAGCAGCGGCAUCAUGUGAAGCAGCGGCAUCGUGUGAAGCAGCGGCAUCGUGUGAAGCAGCAUCGUGUGAAGCAGCGGCAUCGUGUGAAGCAGCAGCAUCAUGUGAAGCAGCAUCAUCAUGUGAAGCAGCGGCAUCAUGUGAAGCAGCGGCAUCAUGUGAAGCAGCGGCAUCAUGUGAAGCAGCGGCAUCAUGUGAAGCAGCGGCAUCAUGUGAAGCAGCAUCGUGUGAAGCAGCAGCAUCGUGUGACGCAGCGGCAUCGGGUGAAGCAGCGGCAUCACGUGAAGCAGCGGUAUCAUGUGAAGCAGCGGCGUCAUGUGAAGCAGCGGUAUCAUGUGAAGCAGCGGCGUCGUGUGAAGCAGCGGCAUCACGUGAAGCAGCGGCGUCAUGUGAAGCAGCGGCGUCGUGUGAAGCAGCGGCGUCAUGUGAAGCAGCAUCAUCAUGUGAAGCAGCGGCAUCAUGUGAAGCAGCGGCGUCAUGUGAAGCAGCGGCAUCAUGUGAAGCAGCAUCGUGUGAAGCAGCAUCGUGUGAAGCAGCAUCGUGUGAAGCAGCAUCGUGUGAAGCAGCGGCAUCGUGUGAAGCAGCAGAAGCAUCACGCAACGGAGCCGUGCCAGAGCCAGCCCGGCGUGGCUCGGGAGGCGCCGGAUUACUUUUUCCACUGCCGAGCCCCGCCCCUGAUGACGCUGGUGGGUGACGCGGGGACACCACGUGCUCGCCGCGUACCGACUGACGUCAAGCACGUGUGGUUGAUGCGUCGUUAG